GUUCUUUUUAAGAUAUCUGUAUCUUCGAGUCAGUGAAACAGGGAGGGAAAAUGGGAAAGAAAAGAUCUGGUGGCUUGUACUUUGAAAUUAGACAGUUCAAGUUAUCUACUAAAACUCCAGAAGACUUAUUUAAAUUUUCUUUUUCUCUGUUAGUUUUAGCUAGAAAAAUUCAGAAGGCCCUAACACUAACUGUGGCUGUUUGUUGUGUUUACACUAUGUGGUGCUUAGGGGUUUUGGAUUUUUUUUAGAGGUGUAAUACAGUCAUUUAGCCAAGUCUUGUUCAUUUUCUCCUGCCAGUCACCUCUUGACUGAAGUUCUUUUCUGACUAGUAAUUUGACCUACCAGUUGACAAUUACAGAGUUCAUAUGACUAGGAAAUAUUGUUUACAGAGUUCUUUGAAAUGAUUGGGACGUCACUAGACAGCUGAUUUAUCAGCAGUAUACAGAAGCCCUAUCAGUUCUUAAACAAUAGUUUCAAUAGACAAUUUAAAAAGUUCAUGCCUUGGGUUUGUAUCAGAAAGAUGCAAAAGUGACUAAAACUACAGUACUACUGCAGUCAAAGCAAUGGGAGUUUUGUCAUUGACAUCAACUGAAGCAAGAUUUUCCAGUUUUACUACCUAACAAACCAUAAGGAGCUUUAACCACUGACUACUCAAACAUUGCUUACUUGGCAGCCUAUUUUUUCCUGCCUGUACAUUGCCGUUGAUGGCUAGUAUGGUCUGUUGAGCAAUUCCCAUGAUGAAACAAUACGAGGGUUGCUUUUAGCCUUGUUUAGAUGUACUUCAAAGCAUUUCACUUUUGACAUGAGAAGGCAAAAUGAUGGAGCUGGCCAUCAUUAAAUGUUGACACUGGAAAUACUAAUUAUGGGCAAUUCCACACACUGGAAUGGUGGGCUUCUCUGAACCCCUGGAAUUACAUUGGAAUCUGGAUUUGGAGCAUUCUAGGUAAGAAACAGAUGAAGGAAAACCAUGGCAGUACAAUAUUUUUAGGUUCUGUGGCAUCACACUGGCACAUUGAGAAGAAUCUUAUUUGCUUCUUUUGAAGACUGGAUUUGCAUUUUUAAAAGACUAGAGCACACACAAUGGGCCAAUGCCUGGUGAUUUUUGGAUCACUGUUAAAAUUGCUCCACUGUUGACUAAUACAUGGUCUUUAAAAACUAUCAGUGCUACCCAUGACUUUUGUGCCUGGCCCUACUGUAAUAAAUAUUAGCCUGAACAUCCAUUUUGUCUUGCCUGAAUGAUCAGAGAUUAGACUUGUGAACAAAAUGGAUUAGAAAGAAGCUAUUUGCCAUCAGCACACAAGCCUCCUUGGUUGCAAGACAAAUACAAGGGAAGGAGGACAGAGAAGAUUAACUUGGAAGUCACCCGGAGGUGGGUUACCAUCUGACAGCAGCAUGCUAAGAACAUUAUUGUGGACAGAUUACAUUAGGUAAAAUUAUCCACCAACGUAAGCAAAGUCAUUACACAAUGGAUCAACUCCUACACUAAAUAAGGAUCUGUCAGAGCCUAUUAAGAAAUACAGAACUUGAGGCUGGAGGAGGGAGUGAAGGUAGGAAGGAGGAGGAUAUUCAGUUGCCCAGCCGUUUUCCAGUUCUAUAUAUCCACUAAUUCUUGCACUGGUUCAUACAUUCCAAGGCUCUCCCUGUCUGCCCACCCCCACCCGACUAUUUUAGUAGUGGAAUGAAUUGCUGUUACACAUUCUCUGAAAGAGAAAGGACGAUCUAAAAAAAGCUGAGCUCCUCAGAGUAGCUGAAGAAUGACUGAUAACAAUGCCCCUGCGGCUAACCUCACCACAACAGAAGCAGCAGCUGCGGGGCCUACCACGCCACGCAAGGGGCCUCCCAAGUUCAAGCAAAGGCAAACAAGACAGUUCAAGAGCAAGCCCCCGAAGAAAGGAGUGAAAGGUUUUGGAGAUGAUAUCCCUGGAAUGGAAGGUCUCGGAACAGAUAUUACAGUGAUCUGCCCUUGGGAAGCUUUCAGCCAUUUGGAGCUUCACGAAUUGGCACAGUUUGGAAUCAUCUAAAUCACCAAGACCCCUGCUUAUGUACUUGGUGACAUACAGCACUCCAGAAUAGUGUUCUUCACCUGUAACACAUAUUUCCACCCUCCAUCCAAAACCUGGGCAUUUCACAGUACAGGUGGCUUUGUGGAUAUGGGUCAAUUCUGAACAACUGUCCUUUCAGGCUAACUUUACAAGCCAUUAGGAAGGCUGUUGAAAAUAUCCAACUGGCUCAUCAGCUAAGAAUUAGGACAGUUUCUAGAUGUUUUUCUGUGGAAUAGUAUGUGUUCUUUUUCUCUCUAAAAUUAUCCAUCUGUGAUCCAGGAUUCUUAUGUGUAUAUAUUUUUUUUACAAAAACAGCAAUAACUGACCUCACCCAUACCUCUUGUUUGGAUACUUUGUGAGCCUAUCUGCAUGGAUCCUCAAUCCUGGAUUUCUGUGCAAUUUAACUCUGUGUUAAUACCUAAUGUGGUAACUUUCCUAUGUAUACAUCCAAAAGACCACAAGAUUUAGAUGACAGUCCCAUGUAAUGAAUAGUCCAUCCUAAGAAUUGUAAAACUAACUACCCUUUUGUGCCAGGAAAAGACUUGAAGCUUGUGCAGUUCCAUGGGCAGUAAGCCAUAAAAGCAAUAGUUUGCUAGUGCAUAGUUAUUAUCUUAAUUAUAGGUUUAUCAGUGUAGUCAUUAAGUUCUGUUUGCUCCAUUAGAAAUAUAUAUCAUGCAUAAUUUAUUUCUUGUCAUAUCUUUCUUUCUUCCUGAGUAAAAUUGUAAUGAAAUUAGUUGCAGGGCACUAGGUUUCCUUGAGAAAGGGGAGCAGGAGAGGGUGCUUUCUUUCAUUUAAAGGCACUCGCAUUUACUGUUGCUUCACAUGCCUCAGACAUUGCAAAAUCAUAGAGCUGAGGCUCCCAUUUAGAAUUAAGCUCUACCUGGCCCAGGUAUCUUAUUUGCCCAUGACUGUUUCCCUUGGUGGUGGAUUUCACUGAUAAAUUUUAAUAAAGCAAAUGUGGAAGCUCUUGACUGAA